AUGUUGUGGGAAAAACAAGGUGGACUGGGAGUUUUCUCUGCUGUUAAUUGGAAUCUGGCUUCAGCUAUGAGGAGCAUAUGGUAUAUUCAUGUUAACAAGGAAAUUUUAUGGGUGAAAUGGAUUCAUGGGAAUUACUUAAAGCAUUGGGAUGUAUGGCAUGUCAAAGCCGAAAAAGGGGACUCUUGGAUGUGGAAGCAGCUUCUCAAGAGUAGGGAUAAAGCUUUUAAUGAAGUUGGAGGGAUUGGCAACCUGAUACACAUGCUUAGUACUUGUUAUAAAAGCUCUAAAAUCCAGUUAUCAGCAGUUUACACUACAUUCUCCCCUGUUUCACAAAAUGUUCCCUGGUUUAACAUAGUGUGGGGGAAGUUGAAUUAUCCCAAGCACUCAUUUGUGUUGUGGCUGGCGGUGCAGAACAGGUUGCAAACACAAGACAGAUUGAUGAGGAGAGGAAUCAUCAAUGCAAAUUCAUGCCUCCUGUGUGCAGGUACAGGAAAUGAGAACAACAAUCACUGA